UGCUGGUGGCGAGGUGGAGCUGGCUGCAGCUGGUAGCCGUGUCCGUGCCUGGCAGGAAGCUCGGGGACACAGCGAGCAGGACUGGAGGGGGGCACAUCCGGCACGGGCGGGGGUACAGCAACAGGACCAUGGAGAAUGAGCAGCACGGACAGGAGGAGGACCGGUUCCUAACAAGUAUGGAAGAAGGAUCUGACAAAAAUGGUCGUCCAACUUCUAGCAGUCAAUACCCCAAAGAGAAGCUCCGUAAACGGCAGAAUUCUUCACACAGUUCUAGAAGCAGCGAUUCUUCCAGAUCAUCAAGGAAGAGCUUUAAGUUGGAUCUUCGACUAGAGGAGGAUGUAACUAAGUCUAGAAGAGACAAGAACGGUAGAUUCAUAAACCCUUGGCCUACGUGGAAGUCACCUGCCUUUCUGAGUGCACUAAAAUGGGCCAUGACAGAGAAGGAUAACAGCAAUGUUCCAAGCUCAAAGGAGGAGCUUGACAAAGAACUUCCAGUACUUGAACCUUAUUUUGUUCAAAACGUGGAGCUUGCUGGAAAGACAGAAAAUGGAUUACGGGUUACCUGGUUGGGUCAUGCAUCUGUUAUGGUGGAAAUGGAUGAAUUGACAUUUCUUACUGAUCCCAUAUUUAGUCAGCGAGCAUCUCCUCUCAGCUUUGCAGGCCCAAAGCGAUUUCGUGGGCCACCAUGCACUGUAGAGCAGCUUCCAAAGAUUGAUGCUGUGGUAAUCAGCCACAAUCAUUAUGACCAUCUGGACUAUAAAACAGUACUAAGUCUCAAUGCCCGCUUUGGCACAGAACUAAGGUGGUUUGUUCCGUUGGGCCUCCUGAGCUGGAUGCAGAGUUGUGGCUGUGAGAAUGUUAUUGAGUUAGAUUGGUGGGAGCAGAACUGUGUACCUAGACAUGAUGAGGUGACUUUUGUUUUUACUCCUGCUCAGCACUGGUGCAAAAGGGGAGCUUUUGAUGACAACAAGGUUCUGUGGGGAAGCUGGUCUGUCCUGGGACCUACAAAUCGAUUCUUUUUUGCAGGAGACACUGGUUAUUGUGGUGCUUUUGAAGAAAUUGGAAAGCGAUUUGGGCCUUUUGAUGUUGCUGCUAUUCCCAUUGGAGCUUAUGAGCCCAGGUGGUUCAUGAAAUCUCAGCAUGUAGAUCCAGAGGAUGCCGUGCGAAUUCAUGUUGAUGUCCGUGCAAAGAAAUCACUUGGCAUACACUGGGGAACCUUUGCAUUAGCUAAUGAGUUCUACUUGGAUCCUCCAGUUAAGCUGAGCGAAGCUCUCCACCAGUAUGGACUGAACCCAGAUGAUUUCUUUGUUCUAAAUCAUGGAGAAUCCAAAGAGUUUAAUAUAGAGGACAGUGAUAAAUGUGACUGACAGUGUUUGAUAAUGAAUAUAGGGUUUGGGAUGUUGAGAGAAAAGAUUUGCAACUACUUCACAUUUAUUUGGAAAAAAAAAGGGAAAAAUUAAUUAAGUGUAUUUACUUGAAAUGAACAUUUUCAACUUGUUUUGUAAAAUUGUAUUAUUAAGGUAAAAGUCUUCCAGAAUGUGUGUGUUGUAAAACACAUCACUUUAUUCACCUUGCUUGCUAAGUAGGUGAUAACAAAACACCUCUUAAAACAAAGUGUGCCUUUUUUAGAAGACUGCUGUCAAACUCACCUGCCACGCUGUUGGUUUGCAUAUCCUCAGCACAUUUUACAUUUGCCAUGCUGACUAACUUAUGUAUAUACACUGUCAGGAAUUCAAAGUAAAUUUAAGGCCAAAAUAGCAAAAUUGAAUUCAUUCUCAAACUCCCGACAGUUUUCAUUUUUGUUAAUAACCCUAAAUAUGUUUUAUUAUUCACAUAAAAUGCAAACAGGUAGGAUUGUGAGUUUUAUAGAAUGACAAAGAGAUGCAAAGUUUAUUUAGUAAAUCCGGUAUUGUGGAGACUUGAACUGGGGAAAAAAAGUGUGUGUUCACAGUUUUUUUUUUUUUUUUUUCUGACUGUUUUGUUCGCCAGAAUUCACCAGAGAAUUGCCAAUAUUAAGCCAGGGUAGUAAUAUUUGACAGAUUUGUCAAUUUUGCUAUUUUGACCAAGUGUCUGUAAUUAAAUUGUCAGUUCUUAAUUCCAUGUCUAGUGAAUAAAUAUGUGAGAUUAAUUUUAUGUAUUGAUUUUAAAUUCUUGAGAUAUAGAAAAGUUUGAGAGUAAUUAUGCAUUUGAAGAGUGGCUAAAGUUAUCUUAUCUGCUUUUUUAUUUUUAAUAAACGUUCUGAAAUGGAAGAAGAGAACAUUUUACUAAUUGCAGAUAAAGACACACCGAGGGAUACAUGAUCACAUUGUUAUCAAAGUAUAUAUUACAUUACAUAAUUAAUAAAAUAUAAAAAAUGUGUAAUAUACAUUAAAUAUCCAGUUUGAUGUAUAGUUUCCCAACAGAUAUAAAUUGGAUCUUGAAUGAAAGGGCACUGUCAUGUUUUGUGUAUAAAGAUAUCACCACUUUUUUUUUGUCCUCUAUCCAUAAUGUGUGUAGUUUGCCCUUCUGUGGGAUUCUUUUUACUGAUGUCUUGUGGGUAAACUAGCUUAGCAACUGGAAUACGUUUGCUUAAAGAAACACUACACUGCCUGAAUAAAAAAAACAUUGUUUACUAGAUAUACCCUAAAUGAAAACAUGCAUGCAUUUAAUUAUAUAUUUAUUUAUUUUUUCAAUGGGGGUAUAUCUAAAAACAACUUGCAAAAGCUGCUGUCUUUGCAAACCAUUGCCUUCUUUCCAAGCCCAUACUUUCUGGGUCUGUCCAAUCACAGACUUUCCAAUGCAGCUCAAUGAGAAGUCUUUGCAAGGCAGGUGCUCUAAGCAAUUGCUGCAUCUUGAGUUAAGCUCCACCAAGCUAACCAGACCAGGAAGUACCAGGACUGGCUGCCUAUUUGACAGCCAGGGGGCUGUUAUAAGUUUAGUUUAUAAAAUUGCCAAUAUCUAUUAAAAUCUGCACUUUUUUAAAAUGGAAAAAAAAGAGGAAACAUUGUUCACACAAAGCAUUACAGCAAGCUAAAGUGCUUAUGGUCAUUGGAGUCUCCCUUUAAACUGCACCUGUUGCCAAAGAUCACACUCCCCAUGUGAAAAAGUACAUUUUCUUAUGUAUAACUAAAGUGAAUUUAAAUAACUAAAAUAACUAAAAUCAAGGGGUAAACAACUUGAUUAAUUUAAAAACCUACAAUGACAGUGCCUUUUCAAUCAUGAAGCCAUGUUGAUAUCUUGGCAAAUCUUAGAUUUCCUAAUUGCAGGAUUACACAAAUGCGUGUGUAUGAAAUCACAAAUGCACCUAGCCAGAGCUUCAUAAAAUUACUGUGGGAGACGGUUGAGGCUUUGUUGUGAAUAUUCUAAUGCUCUCAUUCAUUUCUAUGGUGUAAAAUCAAGGCAGGCAUGAGCAUACAGGCAACAAAAUCAAGGUACAAUUGUAUGUUUCCUAAUGCAAUGAAAGAAGUAAAAAUAGGUGAAAAUUAAAUUUUCCUCGAGUUUACAAAUGCAAGCCUGUAAUACAAUACUUACAAGUUUGUCUACUACAUACAAAUGAACAUUUAGCAAAGUGUUCUAAAGAGUGUCCUUUUUUU